AUAUAUAUUUAUCUUUAACAAUUACGUGUGCCCUGUUAAUCUCAAUAUCGCUAAAGCUGCUCGCUAACCUGGUCGAAAAUCUCUUUUAGGAUCCAUUCCAACAAGCGACUGUGUUGUUGUCGUCCUAGCUAGUUGGCUACCAAACAGCUGUUCCGUUCUAUAUAAAGCGAAUGAUAGCUAACUAGGACAAAACAGUAUGUUUGCCAUACAAGGCUAUUAUGUUCUUAUUCGUUAAAUUUUUAUUAACAAUUGCACGAUCAUAUUACACAUUUUGGUAGUAUUGGUCUGAUCGUAUAUAAACCAAAUAUAGCCUUUUCAGGUAGCUAUUGACAGCUAACUAACGUUAGCUAUCUAAUUGUUAUAUGGACGCGCGUUGACCGAUGCUAUUUAGCUAACGCUAGUUACCUUUUUAAACGUUAAGCUAUUUUUGGACAUGAUAUUGUAGUAAGUCAGCUCAAUUUCAAUACAUAUAAGCACAGCCAUUGAAAUGAAUGGCAGUGGUGAAAUGUCAGAGAGGAAUGCGUGAAACACGUUCAAACUUGUUUGAAGGUUAGUUAGCUGGUUACAAAGUGCUAGCUCGGUCGGUCUGUUUGUAGGGAGAAUGUAUUUAAUCCCAGGAUGUCAUUUGAAGAUCAUCUUUACUGCUUGCCAAGAGGAUUUUAUGACUAAUUCAAUUAGCUAGCUAGCUAAAGAAUGUUUGCUAUAUCGCAACUACUAGCUAACAAACAGGCUAAAUUGUCAUAUUUUAAAAUGUCAGGAAGAUCUUUAAACACGUAACGUUAGCUAAUUUAGCUAGCUAUGUAGGUUGUUUUUCCAAUCUGGUCUGAGCGUUUCGUAUUCUGUAUUUGCAGUAAAUCCGAUACAUAUUUAGUAUGAUAUGUUGUGUAUUUUAUGCAAACAUCUAUGUUAUGAAUUAUAGCUAACCUUAGCUCGGCCAGGAGUUAGCUACAUGCUAAGUAGUUGCAGAGGAGCUAAAAUUCUAGUUGUCUGUGAUGAGAUUCGAGCUCACGGUAUACGCCCACCUGACCAACCAACCAACAAACUUUCGUUUUUAUUUAAGUAAUCGUAUGUCUUAUUUAACUAAACGUAAUAUAUACUACUCAUUUUAGUGUCCCGGAUUUACCUUGUUUACCUUUACUAUGAUAUGUCUCGUCUAUGAGACCAGGCUGAUCCACCAGUUGAUUUUAGACAGUAAUUCCCCAUUGAUUCAGUAUUAAAACAUACUUAAGCAAUAAGGCACGAGGGUGUGUGGUAUAUGGCCAAUAUACCACGGCUAAGUUGCUGUUCAUAACCGUGACGCAAUGCAGAGUGCCCGGAUACGGCCCUUAGCCGUGGUAUAUAUUGGCCAUUUACCACAAACCCACGAGGUACCUUAUUGCUAUUAUAAACUGGUUACCAAAGUAAUUAGAGCAGUAUCAAUAAAUAUUUUGUCAUAUACAUUGUAUAUGGUCUGAUCUACCACGGCUGUCAGCCAAUCAGCAUUCAGGGCGUGAACCACCCAGUUUAUGAAGUUGCUACAGUGUAGCAUAUUAAGUUCAUGCAGUGGCAUCAAUUAUUUCACAUUGUGCUUUUAUUUCUGUUCUUAUUUCCUGUUUCAUAGUUUCGAGGCUGGCUCUACAUUCUGCAUUUAUCAGAUCUUUGUCGUCCCUCCCAUUGUGUAGCUAAUGAUCAUCUGCUGCUGUGUGGUGUGGCGUGGCCUGGCCUCUGCCUGUUCUCUGCAUUUAGCUGUAUUCAAUCCCUUCUUCAUUUCCUCUUUCCAUCAGAAGACGACAUUGGUGUAUAUAUAACAACAACAAAAAUGUAUCAUUCAACCAUAGAGUAUAUGUGGAAAAACUAAAACAAAUAGCUAACACCUAUAUAAUAACUUUUUGUCUUUGUCAAGUUGUUGUAGAUUUAACACAUUUUUAGCUCUUAAAGAGAAUCAAAUGUAUGUCAUUGUGUACCUCCCAUUCAGUCUUGAUUAUGACAACAGCCUAUUGUAAAUCCCUGUAAAGUGGAUACAUUUUGCAUGGAUUCUAUUUCUGCACUGCUUUACUGAACACCAGAAUUUGGCAAAUUUUCUUUCUUUUUUUCCUCAUGGAAAAUGCAUUGUACAAAGGUAGCUAAGUAAUAGUAUAUUUUGCUCCAAUUGGCAUUCUUUUUACAUGUACAAUUACAUGUAAAGCUUAUGCAUUGUCAUAUUUCAUUGAAUAUGAUCACACACAAUUAUAAUUACCUCGUGGUCAUCUGAGUGAUUUCAAAAUAGACAACACAUCAACAUUUUAUAAAUACUGGUACACUUCACCUGUUCCCAACAACCUGUCAUAACCGCCUCCAUUUGUGUAACCCUUUUGUUCCUCUUGAAAAUGAAUAUCUUUGAAACACUGAAUUAUCAGGCCUUUUGCUCACUAAAGCCAAAACCAAAUCGUAAUGCUAUAAGUGUAGAUGCUCUCACUGGUUGUUCACUUCCCAAUGAGCCUCCCCACUAACAAAAGUACAAAAUGCUAUCCAUUUCACAGGGAUGCUUAUCUCCUGCACUGCUACAGUGAAUCUUCUAGUAGAGUAAUAAUGUAUUUUAUUGUUUGGUUGUGGUCUCUCUUUACCUUUUUGUUCUGGUAAUGGUACUCUCAAUGCAUGGUCACAUUAUGAUUCAUAUGAUUUUUUUUUUUUUACAUUGAAUAGUAAAUUCCAAUGUAAUCUUUCUGUAGUAAAGAUGUACCCUACCGUGCUGUAGCCAACCACAUCUGCUCAUUAGAUGCUGCUUCUGUUCUUAUUAACCCUAUAUGGAGCAUGGUGGGCCUUGCCUUCAGUCAAUGUUGUUUAUUUUUGUUGCAUGGUGUUUAUAUUAUCAUUAUUACAAAAACACAAAUUCCACAAACUAAUAUUUUUCAAUAAAGAAUAUAGUAUUUUUCCUAACCUUCAGUGUGCUUCUUGCUGAUUUCCAUUUAUUGUCUUUAGCCCUCCCCUCGUCCCUACCUUCCCCCUUCCACCCCACCCACCUCUCCCGCUGUGACAAAGAUAGACAAUUUCAAUGCUUUUAUCAUCACAAGGCCUGAAUGAGUCUGUCCCCUGUCAUUCAUGGUGAUUGUACCACUGAGACAAUUGAAAGUGCAGUGUGCCACAGUUGAACCUUGGAUCAAAUGAUUUAACCAUUGUGAUUAGUGACUGGUUAGGAGCUGAAUGUGAGACAAAAUAACCCACCCCAUUCAGAUGUUUCUGAAAGAUCACAGAGCCUUGACUAUUUCACAAGGCAUUUUGUAGCACUGCACCUUCAAGUCUACUCCAACGUAAUGACCCAAAUGCAAUGUAGACUUUGCCUUUUUCUCAAUUGUAGGGCUUUCACCUGUUUUCAUCUGAAUGUGUUAGCCACUCUACCACCAACACUUUCGCAUGUUCUUCGUGUUAGAAAAGGUGAAGGUGACUUUCACAAAGGCCUAUAGAUAGAUCCGUCCCACAAUGUUUGUGCUAGGCUGCGUAUAGCUCAGUGGAUACAUUCAGUUUACAUUUGUUUGAUGUUCUUUUUCCAGGACUUCUCAUGCUGCCCGAGUCAAAUGCAUUUACCGCAAUGGAAAACAUGUCACUGACUACGAAAUAUCAUCCUAUAAAUUGUGUUCUCCCCUUUCAAACAUAUUUUGUCAUUGCCAUCAAUGUCACAAUGCAGCCUAGGCCACCUUCAUGCUAAUUGCAAACCAUUCCCAUUACUAUCAAUUAUCAAUGUUAUUUCCAUUAGAAUUGUCAGCCCUAUAUAGUAUGGAGACAGUGUACUGAAACUAGUCUCUGAUUCAACAGCAGCCUGUUUUCUUCAGCUGCCAAAUAGCUGUGGUUAGAAGAGGGGAAAAGUACUGUCAAACUAUUUCCUCUGCACCAACAAAUCUAUGCAUGGGGAAAAGUUUGGGUAGCAGUGUGUGUCAGUGAGAGUAAGAUACAGGCCUAGGCAGUAUUUUAAUUGAUUUCUUGAAGGAGAUAGACAUAUGUUGUAGGCUUUAUGUGGCUUUGGCCUUGACUCGUGCUCAUAGAUAUUACACAUCUUGGCAUUAGCUGUUAGAUAUUUCUGGGUAGUGAUGUAUAAACAGACACAUCAUUGAUGUUGUGCUAUAAAAUGUUACCCACAGUUCAGCAAGUGAAACAGUUAUCAGAAAAAGGACCCACUCACAGCAAUGCUAUCACAUUGUUAAAAUCCUCAGUGAUUUAUAAAGGAUGAACAGUUUGUGUCAUAAAAAAAUAAACAUCUUAGGAAUAGAUGUUCUGCCUUUUGUCCCACUGUGGAUCAAUGAUGUCAUUCAUGUGAAUGUCACACUGUAGAUCUUGAAGUUGGAGAAUAUUUCUGGCAGCACUUCUAUCAAAGGGAUUCAAGGUCAUUCAGAUAUGUUACCGGUACCCCUAGAUUUUAAAACUAGAUUCAUUUGAAAAGCACUCUGUUACACAAUUUAAAUGCACAAUCCUGGGCACGCACAUUGCCGAAGAGUCAGAUGCCCAGAGGUGAGAAUCCAACCAGAAGGUCAAAUGUCACAUGAUGCCAUAAUAGACCGUGUUUGGAAGUAUUAACAUUUUCCAUGCAGGUUUGAAUGUGUUACUUCACCAUAUCUCCCUAUCCCCUGAUGUAAGUUUCACCAUAGGUAAGAGUUAGGGCUUUUGUAAAGAUCCUCCUACAGAAACACAAUUACAUCACACAAACACACACUCCAUGUCACAUACACAAUAAAUUCUAACCUGCCGUUUCUCUCUCAGGUGUCUGACUCCCUCUCAUUGUUUCCACAGGAUCCCACUUUAACCGGCAGCAGCAGCAGCAUAGCCAUGCUACCUCUUGCCGGCACUUCCAGCUAGGCCCCCAGGCCCAGCUGCCCAUUGACUUCCCAAUGCCCCACCCAGGUCAGCCCCAGUCGGGCAUCAACCCCCACCUGGCUCCCCCUGGCCAUCAGCAUUCUCCCCAGCUCCACCCGCCUCUCAACCCCCUACCCUCCACACCCCAGUUCCAGGACAUUUCUGCCCCUCCUUUCCUACCUCAGGCCUUACACCAGCAGUACCUCCUCCAGCAGCAGAUCCUAGAGACCCAGCACCGGCGCAUCAUGCCACCUUCCAGACACCAGCCCCACAGACUGCGGCCGGGUUACGAGUUUGCUCCCGCCCUCCACAUCCCCCCACAGCCUGCGGCCCAGCAGCCUCGCUACCUGGCUGAAGGCACAGACUGGGAUUUGAGUGUGGACGCGGGGCUCCCUCCUCCUCAGUACCACGUCCGCCCACUGCCCCAGCACUACCAUCACUACCUGACAUCUCCCAGGAUGCAUCACUUCCCCAGGAGCAAUGCCUCCACCCAAGUGGUUGUCCAUGAGAUCAGAAACUACCCGUAUCCUCAGUUACACCUGCUGGCCCUGCAGGGCCUCAACCCCUCCCGCCAUGCAUCAGCUGUGAGAGAGAGCUAUGAGGAGCUACUGCAGCUGGAGGACAGGUUGGGCAGUGUGAACCGAGGGGCUGUCCAGACCACUAUUGAAAGGUUUACCUACCCUCACAAAUACAAGAAGAGGAUAACUCAGGACCUGAAGCUCGGGCUGGUGGAUGAGGAACUGGAUACAGAUGAGAAGUGUACCAUCUGUCUAUCAAUGCUGGAGGAUGGAGAGGAUGUCAGGAGAUUACCCUGCAUGCACCUCUUCCACCAGGCGUGUGUGGACCAGUGGCUGGCCACCAGUAGGAAAUGCCCCAUAUGCAGGGUGGACAUUGAGACCCAGCUGGCACCAGACAGCUGAUGCCUCCUUUCCCUGCCCCCAUCUUGUGAAACCCCACCUCAUCCCUAGGGGGAGCUCUGCCAAACGUCCCCCUUCCCAUCUGCAUCACAUAUGAGCCUGCCUUCUGAGCCAGCUGAGGAAGACAAUGAGCGGGAGGGGAGGUGAGAGGGAUUAACAAAGCACACUGAUCCAAACAAUAGAGAAACAAAAGAGGCCGAUGGAUGGAUGGAUGGAUGGAUGAAGAAGAGAGGCAGAAGGGUGCCAGAAUGUAUGGACAGAUUUACAGGGCCUUGAUGAGUCUCCAUCAGGGUUUUGCACCGUAGCAUUAGCUUCUCCAUACACUCAGAGAUGAGAUCCUCCAUUAAACCACCUAGCGAGCGUGUGUGUUGUGUUGUUGGGUUUAUAUAUGUGUACUGGUCUCACUCCCUCUUGAUGAAACCCAAAAUGCUGAGCUCUAGCUACAGCACAUCUGUGCGAAACAUGACAAGAUAUGAAAUCAGCAGUGGGAUGUUUCUUGAAAUGAGCUUCUGUGGCCUAAUGCAUAUGGUGUUAUGGAGUGUAGUAGUCUUGUUAUUGAUCACCAGUAUUUAACAGGGUGACAGUGUGGUGUAGCAAGCAAAAAUCCCACUUUAAGAAAUAAGGUGGGAAAAAAUACAAAAUGGGGAAAUAGUCUUUAAAAGAGGGUAAUAGGCAUACAGGCAGCCUUUAGGCAAUGAGGAAGUGCUAGCUAUGUACAAAGGCCAAUCAAUAGGUGGAUUUCCAGUACAGUCGAUCUCUGCUAUCACAGUGGAUGCUAGAGAUGCUAACCAGGCAUGGCUUCAGUGGUUUGUAAUUGUGCUGUAUUGGGGCCUCUAUACUCUAGAACUGAGGCCACAGAUAUGCAUUCUGUAUGGCAGGCUUGGGCUGUCUUGUGAUUGUGGAGCAGUAGGAAGUCUGCGCAGGAUGACGUUUAUUGUCAUGAGUCUUGUCCUGGAGGCAGAACUCCGCUAGACGGAACAGCUGCAAAGUCAGAAUUGGCUACAUUGUAAAAAUUCAUUAAAACAAUUUUAGGUUAGGAUUAGCAGUGUGGUUAGGUUUAAAAUCAGAUUCUAUGACUUUGUGGCUGUGCCAGCUAGUGACCACUCUGCAGAGCGGCCUCCAGAACAACAUUCAUACCGGGGGAAAAAUUGAAAAGUCCGCAGUAUCUCUGCAUGUGAACCAUACACUGUAUGACUCUCUCCCUCAUCCAUGGAGCAGGAUGAAGUUUCCCUUAGAUGCUGAUCUUAGGUCAGUGUUGCAUCUCCCCUCCUAAUAAUUAAGAUUAGAAUUGGUGGAGAGGAACGCUGAUUAUAGAACUGUGCCUAUGGGUAACUUCUACUCACAGCCUCAUCCAUAGCACGAUUUUUAAGGCUGGCAUUGGCUGGAGGAUGCAGUGUCUGUGUAUUGUCUUUAGAGUGAAUACAAUGUAGUUAUUUUCUAACAUACACUACCACUUAGAAGUGUCCUUGUUUUUGAAAGAAAAGCAAAAAAAAUUGUCCAUUAAAAUAGCAUAAAAUUGAUCAGAAAUACAGUGUAGACAUUGUUAAUGUUGUAAAUGACUAUUG